AUGCCAGGAGGGGGCCUGGUAAAUGCUACAUCCUGCACCUGUAAACACUAUGGUCAUCAAACAUUGUUUCAUCAUUUAUAUAACAAUAUAACUUCAAGGUCUACAGACAGGAAACACCAAGUCACAUGUCCACCUAUAGGCCAUGCAGCACAUGGGAAACCAUUCCAUGGACUGAACAGCUAUACAUCGCCGUAUUUCCACUCUCGAAAUGGUUUUCACACAAUACAUUCAGAAAACAGUCCUGUAAAACCAAGAAUUGUGACAGUAGUUAAGCCAGGAAAUCACCCUCUGAAGAAAAUCACUUUGCUGUUGAAUAGAAGGUCAGUGCAGACCUUUGAGCAGCUUAUUGCUGAUAUAUCUGAAGGCCUGGGAUUGCCUAGGUGGAAAAAUGACCAUGUAAGAAAACUGUAUAACAUGAAAGGCAAAGAAAUACGUAGUGUGUGUGAUUUCUUUCGCGGGGAUGACAUUUUUAUAGCUUUGGGUAAGGAACAGCUGACCAUGAAAUGCAUUGAAGUUGUGUUUAAUGAACUUUAUCCUGAUAGGCAUUUAACAAAGCACCCAGAUCAUUAUGAAAGACAUAGAUGCAAAUUAAAUGAAAAUGGACAAACUAUCGACAGUGGCUAUGAAGACACAGACUUGGUCAACAAAGGCGAUACUAUGUCUCCAAGACUGACAACCAAACAUGAUGUAAAGUGUCGUGUCAAACAAAAGCCAGACGUAACAAGGAAAAGCAAAAAACAAGAAAAGAUCAAAAAUCAUCAAGAAAAUUUGUCUGAAAAAAUGAAAAAACUUGAACUUUGCCACUGCAAACCAAAUAAACUCUUGACUUCAAGUUUAGUUUGUGCCAACCAAUGUGAGCAAUGCAAAGAGUAUACAAUUAGGCAUGGACUGUACACUGAAAUGAACACAGAUACAUCAUCAGGCAAUGCUGCUUUGAAUGAAAAGCAUAAGAAAAUACCAUUUGGAAGCUAUAAGGAAGAAAGGCCAAUGCUAACACGUACAAACUGCCAUAACAGAUGUAGAAGCAAGAGAGAUGUCAAUGAAGUAGAGGAGAUGGGGGACAGCAGCAUAGAACUGUAUGAGAAAACACACUAUCCUCAUUCCAGAAUACACAGCCAUAGUAUGCAAAGGCAUGAGUGUUUUAAAAAUAAAUGCCAAAGAGACAGAAGAAAAUGGGAUGGGAAGCAUUCCAACUGCUUAACAUUAAAACAUAGUGGUAGGCUUAUUGAGGAUUUCCUGGAAGACACAAAAGAAAACAUACGAAAAGUAGACAGAAUAGUGGAGGACAAUGAAUCCAACAAUAAAAAGGACAUAAUGAACAAUAUUGACUCAAAAGAACAAAAGGUGGAAGGUGGACUACCAAGAAGAGAAGAUGAAAAGGCCGUGUUGAGCACUACCAGAACACAUUGUGUAAAAGACCAUCUGGAUAUACAAAUACAUUAUGAGAUUGGCAGGACUAUUGGAGAUGGAAAUUUUGCAGUUGUCAAAGAGUGUAGACUUCGAAAAACGAAUGAAGAGUAUGCCAUGAAAAUUAUUGAUAAGGCUAAACUAAUAGGUAAAGAAGAUAUCAUUAAAAAUGAAGUUGGCAUAAUAAAAAUGCUUUCCCACCCAAAUAUAGUAAAACUUAUUGAUGAUUUUGAGACUGAUAAUGAAAUUUAUUUGAUAUUGGAGUACAUUAAAGGGGGGGAUUUAUUUGAUGCUAUUACUGAAAGCAUUAAAUUUACUGAACAUGAUGCAGCACUUAUGAUGUCUGACUUAUGCAAGGCUUUAGUGUAUAUCCACAGCAAGAAUAUCGUACACAGGGACCUCAAGCCCGAGAACCUGUUGGUGCAGAAAAAUCCUGAUGGAUCUGCCACUCUGAAACUAGCUGACUUUGGGCUUGCUGUAUAUGUGACAGAGCCUAUUUUCACUGUGUGUGGAACACCAACAUAUGUUGCUCCUGAAAUACUACUGGAAAAAGGCUAUGGUUUAGAAGUUGACAUGUGGGCCACCGGAGUCAUCUUGUACAUACUACUAUCUGGCUUUCCUCCUUUCCGGAGUCCAGAACGCAAUCAUGAAGAAUUAUUCCAGAUAAUUCAACGUGGAGAGUAUGAAUUCUUGUCACCAUACUGGGAUAACAUCUCAGAUGGUAAAAAUUCAAAUCAGUAA